GCGGGCAGCGCGGCACGCAGGUAGGUGACUGGCGGCGGGCACGCGCGGCUCCUACGGCCUGGCCGGUCUCGCUCGACGAGACGUGCAGUGUGGGAUCCACGGCAGGUGCCGGCAUGCCGGCUGACGAGGUGCAGGAGCUGCGAAAGUUAGUGCUAGGCAUUAUCGACAGCAGGCAGGUCGCCUGGGCACUGCGCCAGAUGGACUUCGGCGACGUCGGCGGCGCUGAGCGGUUGGUGACGGGCCGGUCCAUUUCUCGCCCCGUGAUGGCCGCAGGAGUCGGUCAAGCGGGCGAGGAGGUGGUGGCCACGGCGGCGGUCGGCGCGAAGCUGGUCGGCGAGGAGACGGCGGUCGAGGGCGAGCGGCAGUUUCCGGACAAGAAAAAUAAUAACCUGGCCGGCUACGCGUUGACCGGGUGUGUUUCCAGUGGGCCGUGCCUGCCAGUGGUCGCGGGCGAGAGGCUUGAGGCCCUGAGGGAGAUCCAGGAUGAGGCCCUGAGCAAGUGCUCGUUCCUUACAGCUGUUUCUUUUCUGAAGAACGGGGGGGGGCGAGCCCGGGAGAUGGGCUCGGGCGGCGCCCUGAGUAAGUGCACGCCUCUCUUCUCGAUCCCCCUCCUUGUCUUACUCGCGUUCAGGGGCGCGAGGUGCCGAGGACUCCAGAGAUCCAAGGUUGGCGCCAUCAAGAACGGCCUCGCGCAGGGCCUCGCAGGCAAGCAGAAGGGGGCGAAGGGAGAGGCCAUCAAGAAGAACCCUCAGCAGGGCUUCAGAGACAAGGUGCAGGGCCUCACGGCCCAGAUCAGGAAGGCGAUCAAGGGGGUCUACCAGCCUAUGGCUCAGUCUACGAUGGCUGGUGAGAACAUCCUUCCGGCAGCGCUGAUGGCCGGGCCGGCGUCGGCCGGGCCGAAGAAGGAACCAGUGGCCAAGGGGGCCGCGGAAGAGUUCCUAGCCAGGCGCGAGGCUGCCUUAGCCGACGUUGCAUUGGCCAGCGCCGGAGGAGACGCCGACGACUCGGGUAGCUCAACGGAGAACUACGGCUUCCCACCAGGGUGCGGGGGUGGGCGGGUUCCCGGCGGCGCUGCCGAGGCCGUGAGUCUCGAGCCAGGAGCGACGGUCGGCAUCCCGCAACAGACAGCGGCAGGGCCGCCUCCCCAGGUGCCGCGGCCGACGCUGUGGGGCGCGGCCGCCUUCGCCCCUCAGUGGCCUCCAGCGAAUCAGUCUCGGCUCGCGGCAGCACUCGACGAAGUGCCUCGGCGCGAGGUCCCGCCGUCGACGGCGGGCGAGGAGCAGCUCGGCCCCGAAGAACCUUCCGCCCGAGCUGGGCGCUGGAUCGACGACGGCCGAUGCGUCCCAAGGAACGCCGUGGAGCAGCUCCUUCCAACCCGGCUCGGCGGGGCUUUGCACAGGCAGUCCCGGAGCGGUGGCUUCGAGGACUUCGCCGAGACGCUGGAUGGGAUCAACAAUGCGGUGAAUGGGAUGGUCACGACGGUCGGGAACAUCGGCAUGGCGGUCUCUCAGCUGGGUCAGAUGCUGGUCCAGAUCGGAACGGCAGUCACUGGACUGGUGCAGGUGGCCAACGCCCAGAUCCAGAUGCCGGAUCAGGGAGAUCUCCGGGUGAACUCGAGCAGCGGGGAGACGGAUCCAGGUUCUCCAGACGGUUGGGAGAUCAUUGCCGACGAUGCCGAGAUCAGUCAGCGAGUCAGAAGCAACCGAGAGGGCGAGAUCGAGGCCCCGCAGAG